AUGGUCAACCCCACCGUGUUCUUCGACAUCGCGGCCGAUGGUGAGCCCUUGGGCCGCGUCUCCUUCGAGCUGUUUGCAGACAAAGUUCCAAAGACAGCAGAAAACUUUUGUGCUCUGAGCACUGGAGAGAAAGGAUUUGGAUAUAAGGGUUCUUCCUUUCACAGGAUUAUUCCAGGAUUCAUGUGCCAGGGUGGUGACUUCACACGCCAUAAUGGCACUGGCGGCAGAUCCAUCUACGGAGAAAAAUUUGAGGAUGAGAACUUCAUCCUGAAGCAUACAGGUCCUGGCAUCUUGUCCAUGGCAAAUGCUGGACCAAACACAAACGGUUCCCAGCUUUUUAUCUGCACCACCAAGACUGAGUGGCUGGAUGGCAAACAUGUGGUCUUUGGGAAGGUGAAAGAAGGCAUGAACAUUGUGUAAGCCAUGGAGCGUUUUGGGUCC